CGUUUAUUUGAAUGCGAUGGGCUUGAUGUGAAUAGUGUCAGGAGUAGAGUUUCAACAUGACAAGGCCCAGUCUGGAAGUUUUCUUGGUACGUGCUUUGACUUCAGAGACCCAAGGUACGCUAUGGAAGGUGCCUUGAUAUCAUCACCAGCCACUGCGCCUUCCGCACAGUUCACCAAUUCAAGUUUUAUAUUUAAGUACAGGAGGAAGCUGCGAAGAAGUCAUGACUCGCUCAACUUCCAGACGUAAAUUGCGCGCUUUAAUAUUUCUGAGCUUCAAUGUUCCAUCGCAAGCGUUAUAUUUCCUGCAUAUCUUGUCCCCCCCCGUGUGAUUUAUUCUAGUAUAUGAUAACGCUGCAUCUGCAAGCAUGCUUAGCUCUGACACAGAUUCAUGGACGGGAGAGAAGCAGGUCCCCGCUGGAGCAUGCCACGCGUAUUCAUCGAGUUCGGUGUCCUCUAAAGACUCAAUUCCGGAAUGUAGCGACUGGUCAGACUCGGAAUGCCUUCAGGACCCUGUAACUCAGAAGCGUCGGCAUGGUGUAUAUUUCCAUCGGCCUCCGGUAUGGGUCUCCGGUUCCUCUCGGACAAUGAGCCAAUCUACGGCGUUUGCAGACUGGAAGAUGCGUCAUGGAUCUGAUGAGGGUUGUAUGUCCGAUAGAGAUAGUCUUUGCGAGGCACUGGAUGCCUUGUACAAGGAACGAGGGUCUAGCAACCUUUGGCCGGCGAACCAUGAUCAGCAGCUUUUCAGUAAAGUGACAGCGGCCACGGCGGAUGUCCUUGCUAGUAUCGAUGCUACUAUGUCGGAAUCGGCAGAGGUUCCUCUUCUGGUAAACUGGGAGAACCGCAAACAAAAGUGGCGUAACUCGACUUCGGCAGAGGCAUGUAGCUGUCCGGGCUGUCGUAUAUCGUCAGAUGAGCCUCUACCGAAUUCGCGGCCAUCAGUACGUUCAUAUCGCCAAGUCAAGCCAGGUUUCUGCACCCGCUUGAAAUUUCAGAAAGAUAUACGGCUGGAGACUGAGGAGAGAUGGGCUAUACAAGAGGGAUCGCUGGUGAUUUGUCUUGACCCGUCCUAUACCUUGCUUGGCCACGAACGACAAUCGGACGAAUUCGAGAUUGUGGGUGGCGACGUUUAUGUUGUUUGCCGUAUAUAUGCCGAUCUGUGGGCUCUCUGUGCCAAGGCGUUGUUUAUACCUCAGCCCAAACCAUACUCUUAUGAGGCGACGACGAGGGACUCUAUGGGUCUGGGCUUCCUUCCUCUGUGUGCGGCGACAUUGGCCGCAAACUUCAGCGCUUUUACCGGGAGAUGUUUACGGUAUGCGUGUUGUAACUCAAGCGAGCCUAGACAUCCUGGCAAUGGGUUGCCUGUCAUGCCUCCGCCUCGUUCCCACAGCCUCACUGCUAGCAAACAAGUUUUCAAAGGGCACAAACAUCACCUUGAGUUACCCGAUACUGCCUAUGAUACUUUCCGCAAUACUUCCUUGAGUAGCGAUUCGGACUAUAUCCCCCUUGACUCUACUCUCGAACAGGUCCUUACCAGAGUAGGAAGCCGGAGACGUCGGCCUAUUCGCCUUGGAGAUCGCUUUUCGCUUCAGAAAAUCUGGAACGACGUCAAGGCGUCAGGUGUCUGGAAAUAUGAUCUACUACCACUUCCACAUCGCAAUCGAAGCUCGAGUAUCUGGGUGACUGAAGGCGGAACUCGACAUCAUCUACGCAAAAAGCGAGGAGAUAGAAGCCCAGCAAGCGAAAAGUUGAAGUUUCUCAUUGGGUUGUCUUAAAGGAGGUCAUCGAAGGACCACAGUUUUCAUAAAACCUGAGAACUUGCUCGAGGAUUUUGGUAACCAAUUCCAUUGGAAAGGUCUUAAUUUUGUAGUCUCGGGUGGCGGAUUCCUUAUAGUUGCAGAAAGACACGCUGUGUUGAUAAGAUAG